AUGUCCAAACAAGGGUCAUCACAAUACUUUGGCAACAUCCUCAAAAUGCCCAAAGGUCCAGUUCAGCUUCUGGAAGAAACGUUAACCCGGCAUAAUACAACUCUUGAUCAAUCAUUGAAAGCAGGAAUGCUGUUUGCCAAACGAGCAUUUAUGUAUACCACAAUCUCCUGUAUCAAGUACAAUGGUCAAUCUGGGACAACCGAACCAUGGGUGUUUCCAAUUUUUGUUAUGCAUUUGUUGGCAAAAGAUGAAUAG